CACGAGGGUCACCCAGGGAUCGUUAGGAUGAAGGGUCUAGCGAGAAGCUAUGUGUGGUGGCCCUUAAUGGACUCAGAAAUUGCUGAAAGGGUAGGGAAAUGCCAGGCCUGCCAAGAGUCCAGACCUCUACCCCCAACGGCCCCGGUUCGGGAAUGGGAAAGACCCCAAGGGCCCUGGUCGAGAAUCCACAUUGAUUUUGCCGGCCCCUUCCACGGCCAAACCUUCCUGGUAGUAGUCGAUGCCUACUCCAAAUGGCUGGAAAUCAUUCUCAUGAGAUCCAUGACAGCCGAAGCCGUGAUCUCAGUCCUACGGCACCUAUUUGCAACACAUGGGUUGCCCGACACAUUGGUUUCCGAUAACGGCCCGCAAUUCACGGCAACACAGUUUGAGGAAUACUUGGCAGAAGAGGGCAUCCGGCAUGCCCUCUCGGCGCCUUUCCACCCUGCGACGAAUGGCCUUGCAGAGCGUUUCGUCCGAAGCGCGAAAGAGGCAUUGUCCAGACUCAAGCCAGGCGACUGGCAAUCAAAAAUAGAUAUUUUCCUAGCCGUCCAACACCGAACCCCCUGUGCCACCACCGGCAGAAGCCCUGCCGAAUUACUAAUGGGCCGAAAACUCAGGUGCCCACUAGACCGUCUAAAUCCCAACUAUACACCAGAGGGAUACAAGGGGGGACUCGAAAAGACAAGAGGAAUGGAUAUAGGCGACCGGGUAUGGGCGCACAACUAUGGUGAGGGCCCGACCUGGGUAGCAGGAAAAAUUCUAAACAUAACAGGUCCCAAAUCAUACUUGGUAGAGUUAACGGAUGGCCGAGUAUGGAGGCGACAUAUAGACCAAUUGAGGAAAGCAGUUGGCGGACAACCCGAGUACUUGUUAGAAGGAGAGGAAUUCAGCUUUGUCCCAUUUAAAGUAUGGUUGCCUCUUAAGAUGUCCACUUGUAGCAGAAUUCAGGAACGAGUGGCUCUCCAGAUUUAG